CAGGCAUAAGAGUUGUCUGUGCUUAGUAAAAGACAGGCCACGGGGAUUUUAUUUCUAGACUUCUUCGAGGACGACUUAUAAGUGGAUUUAACAGUUUUCAUGCUUUCAGGUCUUUUUGAAGAACUAUCAGUUUGGCAUAAAACAAGAAAAACUGGAAUAUUUCGUCAUGAUCUUGGGAGCUAGACAGCUGAGAAGCAGGGGGAUGAUUCUGCAUUGUGCUCUUCUUUUCUGCUUUUUCAAACGCGUUUGUUCGCAGUUACGCUACUCCAUUCCCGAGGAAUCGGAACAGGGAGCUGUUGUAGGAAAUAUUGCCAAGGAUCUGGGACUGGAUGUGAGAAAACUAACAGAGCGAAGGUUUCGCAUUGUCUCAGGGUCUAAGGAACAGCUUCUGCAGGUAAAUGAAAACAAUGGCAUUUUGUUCGUUGAUAAAAAUAUCGAUAGGGAGGAGCUGUGUGGGAAAAGCAGCCCCUGCUCAAUUAACCUGAAAACCGUCAUAGAGAACCCGCUAGAAAUCCAUUACGUGGGAAUCGAAAUUGUGGAUAUAAACGAUCAUUCGCCGGAAUUCCCGGUGAAAGGGAAGCACCUGGAAAUAGCGGAGUCAACCCUGCCGGGAUCGCGCUUCCCCCUUGAAGCUGCGCGCGACCCAGAUGUGGGUAUUAACUCACUGCGCUUUUAUAAACUGAGUCAAAAUGAUUACUUUGAACUGGAAGUAAAAGACCGCGGUGAGGAAGGUAAAAUUCCCUUCUUGAUCUUGAAAAAGCAACUGGACAGAGAGCUGGAGCCUGAGAUCAAUUUGCUUUUGACUGCUUAUGACGGUGGAAAGCCGGAACGAAAAGGCUCUGUCAAUAUUACCGUCACAGUUAUUGACAUCAACGAUAACGCGCCUGUGUUCGAUCAACAGGUGUACUCGGUUGAGCUAGAUGAAAAUGUUCCAGUGGGUACUUUUGUAAUUAAAGUUCAUGCUACAGAUUUGGACGAUGGCGCAAAUCGAGAAGUUGUAUAUUCGUUCGACAGCAGUUUAAGAAAUAACGCGUUUGAUCUGUUUCAGUUAGACGCCAACACAGGUGAAAUCACAGUGAAGGGGCUGAUAGACUUCGAAGAGAGGCGAAUUUAUGAGAUUGAUGUACAAGCAACUGACAAGGGUCAAGUAUCAUUGACAGGACACUGUAGUGUCGUAAUAAAAAUCAAAGAUGUAAACGACAAUGCACCAGAGAUAGAGGUGACCUCUUUGACUAGCCAGAUCUCGGAAGACUCGGGCCCUGGUACUGCGAUUGCGCUGAUAAGUGUAGCGGAUAUUGAUUCUGACAACAAUGGUCAGAUUGUGUGCACGCUCUCAGACAACGUUCCAUUCGAAUUGAAAACGUCAUUUCAGGAAAACAUGUAUUCUUUGGUAACCAAAGGCCGACUGGAUCGGGAAUCAGUUUCUAAAUACAAUAUUACAAUAACGGCAAAGGACAGCGGGCAGCCUGCCUUGUCGUCUUUUAAAACUAUAAUGGUAGAGGUAUGUGAUAUCAACGAUAACAGCCCAGUAUUUUCAUCAAGCCCUUAUACGUUUUACCUCGCUGAAAAUAACCCUCCCGGUAGUUCUGUAUUCACUGUCAGCGCUUCCGAUCGUGAUCAAAAUGAAAACGCUCAUGUUUCAUAUCACAUUUGGAAAGGAGACAGCGCACAAAAUUCUGUGGCACUUUACUUAAAUAUUAAUUCUGAAAACGGAAAUAUUUAUUCCCUAAAAAGCUUCGAUUUUGAAAGUCUUAAGAGUUUUAAUUUUCAAGUUAUAGCAAAGGACUCCGGAGUACCUUCGCUAAGCACAAACGUCACGGUGAACGUUUUUAUUCUCGAUCAGAACGACAACGCUCCGGUGAUCUUGUCUCCGUUAAGCACUAACGGAUCUGCUGAGGCUGCAAUAGAAGUUCCCAGGAGUGUGAAUCCAGGCUAUUUGGUUGCUAAAGUACGGGCAUAUGAUGCAGAUAUAGGAUACAACGCCUGGUUAUCAUUUUCACUGCUCCAUGUUAGUGACCACAGUCUCUUUAGUUUGGAGCGCUACACGGGAGAGAUCAGGACACUUCGUCCAUUCACGGAAGCAGAUGACACUGAAUUUAAAUUGAUCAUCCAGGUAAAAGACAAUGGGAACGUGUCACUUUCAACAACGGCGACAAUACUUAUUACUACUGUUGAGAGAGUGGAGUCUUUCGCAGUGUCAGACUUCAAAAAGGCGGGAGAAGUCCAAAAAGAAAAUAAUUUAACAUUUUAUCUAAUGGUAGCCUUGGGGUCGGUUUCUGCCCUUUUUGUGAUCAGUAUCAUCCUCUUGGUUGUAAUCCAGUGCUCCAGAGGGAGGGACGACUCUUCUAGGUAUUCACAAGAUAAGACUUACGCAGACGUUAGCGGGAACGGAACCCUUUGCCACAGUAUCCAGUACAGAGCCGGAGAGAAGCGCUACAUGUUAGUGGGACCCAGAACGAGUAUAGGCUCUACAAUAGGUUUGGGAAGCCAUGGGAACACUCUGGUCAUCCCAGACACUCGAAAGAAAACAUCGGAAGAGGCCUAAAGAACGUACCAAGUGUGAUGUUCAUUAGGAAUUCUAUUUCAAGAUGACGUGAAAUUAUUACAUGAUUUAUUUUAAACA